AAAAAAAAAUGAUUGUCCCCUCAACGCGUAACCCAACAACGACAUCGUCGAUUGCCCACUUGAAAAAGAUAAAGGAACUCCCAGAACCUACAUUAUUCGAAAUCCAAGGAACUUUGCUCCUUUUCUACUCUCUCCCUCCCUUCACUGUAGCUUUUGUUACAUCUCUUUUGCUUUAUAUUUCUCCUCCUUUCUUUCCUUCAUUUUUCCCUUCUUUGAGACUUUUCCUCAAACACUUGUAUGUAUUUGUAGUGGCCACAGCAUCAAGCUGUUUGAUCCUCAUAGGAAGGAAGCUUCUUUUAUUUUUUUGAGGCUUUAAGCUGUUUGAGUGAUGAUAAUAUAAGGGAAGAUAAUCGGGUUCAAUGGACGGAGCAGCGUUGGAAUUGGAAAGGAGGAGCCGAUUCUUGAACAGUUUGAUAGAGAAGAAGAAAGCUAAAGAACAUCAAGAGCAAUACGACCACCUCAAUGUGCGCGUUAGAGCUUCUGAUAUGCCCAUUCCUAUGCAGAUUCGAGCUUUCAAAUGUGCUCGCGAUCAGCUUGACUCCAUGCCUGGAAAGCUCGACAGCAAACGCCUAGCUCUUGCACUUAAGAAGGAAUUCGACUCGGCAUACGGUCCAGCUUGGCAUUGCAUAGUGGGAACUAGCUUUGGUUCAUAUGUUACUCAUUCCAUUGGAGGCUUCUUGUAUUUUUCAAUUGACAAGGUCUACAUCUUACUCUUUAAGACCGCUGUUGAGCCUUUAGACCAUUGAUGGUCUGCAAAUUUGCUCAUGUAAGUUCUUAUUGAUAUCAUAUUUUCAUCUUUUUUCUUUUGUUGUAUUUCAAAUUACAGAAUGUACUAUUCAAAAUUUUUCAUCUUUUAAGCCAUAGAACUCUCCAUAUUUUACUAUCAUAAGAUGUUUUCCCAUGAUUAGUUGCAAUAUUGCUUUCCAUCCUUGACACAUAGCUUAUGCAGCUGAAAAAGAGGUUUUUGAUGUAAUAUAUUUUCUAUGGGUUCUCAUGUAUUUGGAUUUUUUUACUGAAUAAAUAAAUUAGCCUUGCCAUCUUGGCAAGCAACAGCUUCACUUUUGUUGA